UUUAUUAUACUUCUUUACUGGUUAAAAGGCGAUUGCAUUUUAGGAAGGAAGUUCUGGUGAAGGGUGCCCAUUCGGCAACAAAUGCUUUUACAAGCAUCAACUGCCCGACGGGUCCAUCGAUCCUGGUGAGGCACCCCACGCAAGACGAAAACCGCAUCUUUCUGACUUCAUCUUUCGAAGGAAUGACGACAAUGUUGGAAGAGACGAAGGCGAAGAUCACGAACAGAAUCUGAUGCGACGCGCAUUGAGUCGAAUGUUUACCGAUGUUGAUGAUGAUUUCUUCACGCAAAUCAGAGCGAUUAUAAAUGAAUAUGGAUCAGAUUAG